AUGGUGUGGGAUGAGCGGGUGGCUGCCCUGUUCCGGAGGAACCUGCAGCCCACCCUAACCUACUGGAGCGUCUUCUUCAGCUUCGGGCUCUGCAUCGCCUUCCUGGGGCCCACCCUGCUGGACCUGCGCUGCCAGACCCAGAGCUCGCUCUCCCAGAUCACCUGGGUCUUCUUCUCGCAGCAGUUCUGCCUCCUGCUCGGCAGCUGCCUCGGGGGAGUCUUCAAGAGAACGUUGUCUCAGUCCCUGGUCGCCCUCUUUGCGUCGUCCCUCGCCAUCUCUGUCGUCUUCGCCAUCAUCCCUCUCUGCCACAAUGUGGUGGUUCUGGCUGUGGUCAUGGCCGUGGCGGGACUGGCCAUGGGAUGCAUCGACACCAUUUCCAACAUGCAGCUGGUGAAGAUCUACCAGAAGGACUCGGCCAUCUUCCUGCAGGCCCUUCACUUCUUUGUGGGGUUCGGGGCCCUGCUGAGCCCGCUGAUAGCUGACCCUUUCCUCUCGGACACCAACUGCAUCCUGUCUAACUCCACGCUCAACGCCACCAGCAACCUCCCUCACAUCCGCAAGUCGUUGGUCCCCCACCAUCCCGGCAACCUGUCGCACUACGAGCUGCCGAUGAAAGGGAUGGUGGUGACACGCGUGUCUUACGCUUUCUGGAUCAUGGCCCUGAUCAACCUACCAGUCCCCAUCGCGGUGUUCUUCCUGCUCUACAAGGAAAGGUUGGUGCCCUGUUUCAAUAACGGGCGCCGCCCGCUGCUGUCUGCAGACGAACUGGCGAUGGAAACACAGCCAGCUGAGAAGGACAAUCAUUCCGUCACGUUGCAGAGAGCCCCGCCAGACAGAGGGCAUGACGACCUAUUUAGCUGCUGCCAAGGCAAAAACUUCAGGGGAGCUCCUUACUCCUACUUCGCAGUCCACGUCGCCGGGGCUCUUGUCCUCUUCAUGAGUGACGGGAUCAUAGGCGAGUACUCUGGGUUCGUAUACAGCUAUGCAGUGGAGGAACCUCUCUCUGUGGUUCACAAGGUGGCUGGCUACCUGCCGAGCUUAUUCUGGGGGUUCAUCACACUAGGCAGGCUCAUCUCCAUCCCUGUGUCCUACCGAAUGAAACCUGCAACCAUGGUGUCCAUAAACGUGGUUGGAGUGCUUGUAACUUUCCUCCUGCUCCUGAUUUUCUCCUACAGCGUUGUCUUCCUGUUUGUGGGCACAGCGUGCCUGGGUCUGUUUCUCAGCAGCACCUUCCCCAGCAUGCUGGCCUACACUGAAGACAUCCUCCAAUACAAAGGCUGUGCCACGACAGUGUUAGUGACUGGAGCUGCAAUUGGAGAGAUGGUGCUACAGUUACUGGUGGGGUCGAUUAUCCAUGAUCAGGGCAGCUACAGUUUCCUGGUUUGCGGGAUGAUCUUUGGAGGUUUGGCCUUUACGUUCUACACUUUCCUUUUGUUUUUCCACAGGAUGUACCCCAAGCCCUCAUCAGAGGUGGAUGCCUCCUCACCUGACAAGCCAGCAAUGAUGGGUGACUCUGGACUUUAUCAGGGCUAA